AUGCAGAGAACCAGCACAAGGCAUUUGCCCGACAACGAAAAACUUCAAAAUAGCAAAGAAAUGAUUCAGAAGAGCAGUAAAGGGAACGAGCAAACGAUUGCUAAGUUGGAAGCAAAGCUUGCUUCGAUCAAGGAACGAGAGGAAGAGCUCAAGGUAUCUAAGGAAGAAUUGAAAGGAGCUCAAAUCUGGAAUGAAAAGCUUCAAAAGAACAACAGACGGCUUCAAUCCAGUAUUGAAGGGAACGAACAGAUGAUUGCCAAGUUGGAAGCAAAGCUUGUUUUUACGAAGGAGCGAGAGAAGGGCCUUGAGGAACAUUCGAAACAACACGAAAAUGCGCAUGAGUCUUUGGCAAAGAAAUAUCGAGCUUUCGAGGUUAAGCUUCAGGAUGCCAAAGAUUGCUUUGAGAAUGAAGCAAAACGAAGGCAGCAGGUUGAGGACCAAAUUGAAUCCAUUCUUGCAAUGUAG